GUUAACCAAUGUCGCUUAUAGUGUUCUCGGUAAAACUCAUUAUAGAACGUGAAGUUAUAGUAUUAAUGUCGUUCAAGCUUGCUCGAGUCAGGCGUUAAAGAAAUCCAGAUGCGUGUUAGUUAUUCGUGUACACUUAGUAUAAUUAUCACUGUCAAUUUGACGAAGAUUUGUUGCAUUUAUCCACUGGCAACACAUCAUCAUGACAUCAACAAAGUCUAAGGAAAUAGCGGAUGAGUAUAUCUCAUCGUUGUCUGAUUUGACGAUUAACAGUAAACCAUUAAUUAAUAUGCUUACUAUGUUGGCUGAAGAUAACAUAGAACAUGCACCAGCAAUUGUACAAGCUGUUGAGAAUCAUCUACAAAAGGUGAGAAGUGAUAUCAAAUUACCUGUCCUUUACUUGAUUGAUUCAAUUGUGAAGAACGUUAAUGGAGCAUAUUUAAAUCUCUUCACUCAAAAUAUUGUAAAUACUUUUUGUGGAGUGUUUGAAAAGGUGGAUGAGAAUACAAGAGCCAGCAUGUGGAAAUUGAGGCAAACAUGGAAUGAUGUUUUUCCAGCAAAGAAAUUAUUUUCUUUGGAUGUACGAGUGCAAAGUAUUGAUCCUGCCUGGCCAAUCACUGCCUCUCCUACUAGUGUUUCUUCUGGAUCUAUCCAUGUUAAUCCUCGUUUUUUUUCAAUGCCCCAACAAUCAGCAACAUCUAUUGUCUCGCAACCAAUCGUAGCACCUGUUAAGCUUCCACCAGGUGAUCCUGUGACGCCAACGGAAGCAGCAAUGCGAGAGCAAUUAUUAAAGAAACAGCGAGAACUGAUAGAACUACAGAAAAAAAAGAUUGAAUUAGAAUUACUUCAAGCUAAAGCUAAUUUAGAACAACAACAGCGGCAACUCGAUAAGCAAGCUGGAAAUUUAAAAGCUGAACUGGUUGCAGUUACAACACAUAUUACGCCAAGCACAGAUACUGUCACGCAAGGGAAACCUGUUGCAACCACUGUGCCAAGUCAAGCAUCAAAGCAAGUAGCAAAACAGUUUCCAGCAGCAGCCGCUUCGCUUCUGAAAAAUGCAGGAACGAACAAUGGCCCACGAAUUGCACCAGCUAGUAGUAUAGCAGUAGCAUCAGCUAAACCGGUAUCUCGUGAUCCAAGACUAAAAACUACCUCGGCUCAAGAUGUACCAGUUUCAAGCGUGGAUCCUCGUCAGCGAAUAAGUACACCAACUCAGAAGGAUUCGCGGGGUGAAGGCCAAGCGCAGUUAGCGGCACAUACAAACACUGUACUUUCAGAUCAAUUAAAACAGCAGUUACUUUCGAAACAGGCUGUGACUAGCACUAUCAACAAGUCUCCGACAAAUCUUGCCGGCUCCGAUACUGCGACAUUAAACGCUAGUAAUAACAAUAAUGCUAAUACGAACCUCAACAAUAAUAAUAACAAUAAAAAUUUCAGUGGUAACGCAAAUAAAGAUGCUGUGUCGCAUCGAACAAGUCAAAAGAAAGACCCUCGAUUGUCUAGUAAUAGUAGUGGUAACCUAAACAGUAAUAAUUCCAAAGGUUCUCAAAGUCUAUCUAUGGGUAGCAAUAGUUCUUUAUCUGCGAGUAAUAGGGGAGGUGGAAAUAACGAUUCCAAGUCGAAAGACUCGAAGAGUUCGAAUUCUCGAAUUUCUUCAUCUUCGGCAAUCGAAAAAUCUGCUUCCUCAAAAUCCUCGCAUAGAAAACUAGGUAACAAAUCGCGAUCUAAACAACCUCAAACAUCUCCGUGUAAAAUACCGAAAGUCGACAGAGAUGCCAGUCCUGUUAGGUCCAAAUCUCGUGAAAAAGAUAGUGGAGACAGUUCACCAUCCUCGCGUACCUCUCCCCAAUCCUUCCAAAACUCUAAAAAUCGGAAAAAGAACACAAAAUCGAGAAAACGCAGUCCAAGUCCUCCAUAUAGAAUUCCUAGGCGUAAUGAUGCAAAAUCCAAUUUAAGUCUAAGCAAUUCUAGUGGUGUUACUGAGGAGGAGCAAUCUGGUUCAUUGAUAGUCUCUCCUCCUCACCCACCUACAUUUAAAGAAAUUAGACCGAAUGCUAGACAAAGAAAUUACGUAAGACGUAAUAAGGAUGGCAGUCUUAGUCCCGAGCGCUCUCCAGCAAAUGCUGGAAACGUUCAAACUGCUGCGGAACCAACUUUGGAAUCAUCCAGCAAAGAUGAAGAUUUGAGAGCAACACUACCUCUUCCAGGUGCAGCCGCUUCUGUAUUAGAAAAGAAAGAGGACUUAGAUUUGCGUGUAUUACCACCAGCAGUUAAUACUAACAAAAGACAAACUGCAGAACACAUGGAAUCUACAUUAGCAAAGAAAACAAAAGCUGAAAAGUUUGAUGCAUUAUUUGGAAAUGAAGAUGUUGAUCUGCGAACAUUAACUCAUCCUAAAGCUGGACGACCACCUACACCGCCCCCACCUGUAAUAUCUGGUGAAGAUGGCAAAGAUGGGUGGGCAAAAUUAAAGACACCAUCAAAGAAUGACAGAGAAAAGCAAGCUAAUAAUACUGAUGAUAAGCGUGAUGCUAGAGAUCGUAACAGAGAUAGAUUGGGUAGACUGAGGCUUUACAACAAACUUCCGGAUGAUCCUAAAGAAAGAAGAAGAACAUUAUCGAAUGAAGAUCAAGAUAACAGAUCAGGUCGAAGAGGUCGAGAAAAUGAUAAACCUGAAAAGAAUGAAGAUAGAAAUAUAGAAAUUAUAAUGAAACAAGCUGCCGAACAAUUGAAUCAAGGAUCUAUUACUAAAACUCAAUACAAUACUCUUAUUCAAGAAGUUUUACAUAUGAGUGAAGAUCGGAAAUUAAGAGCUGCACAACGAAAGGAAAAAGAAGUAGGUUCUAUAGUAUGGGAAAAGGGUGUAAAUUUGGAUAUGGCGGGCCCCGGUGAGCGUACAACUACAUUUAGUCCUUCUGGUGAUAAGGAAAUGAUGAGAAACAAAGAUCAUCCUAUUGCAAGAAAUCCAAACGGCCCUAGAUGGCAGAAUCAACCAUGGCAACAACCAGGACCAUGGGCUCAUCCACCGGGACCUCCUUAUGGUGGACCGCAAGGACAUUUUAAUUCAGAUUUUAGGCCAGUUGGUCCAUGGCAAAAUCCAAGACACUUCGGACCAAUGCGACCCGACUAUCAAUAUCACGGUGGCUUUAAUCACUCUAUUGGUCCAAACCCACGAUUAGGACCUGGAAUGAUAGGACCUAUGGGACCUAAUGGUCCGCUCAUGUCAAAUUUAUUACCUAAUGGUCCAAUUGGGCCAAUGGGUAUGCCUAAUCCGCCUAUAUCAUUACCGGGAAUGAACGGACCUGGAAUGAUGAUAAAUAAUGGACCAAUGACAAGUCUUAUUUCAAAUACAAAUAUGUCAUCAUUGAAUGCUUCAAGAAACGUAUCGCCAAGUUCGUCUUCGAAGUAUGAUAUCGAAGAUGGUGAUCAAAAUUAUACUACAACGAUGAUAAAGAAUCCAAAUCCUCAUAGUCGUGAAUUACCGCCACCAGAUUCAAAAUUAUUAGAUGAAAUUGCAAGAGAUACUAUGAAAUCUAUAGAUAUAGACAUACAGCAUAUACCACGUGAAAUCAGGUACUAUGGUCAAACUGGAGUAGUUUUUAUGAAUUGGGAUGAUCCAAGAGAAAUCGGAUUUCAAGAUGGUAUACGGCGGAUUUUAAUUGAUGAUAAGAUCACUAUAACCUGUGCAUUUAAUGAUAAUUACAAAGAAUUUAUUUAUGAAGGUGAAGUUCAUAGAAUUAAAUUAGGUGCGCCAACGAGAGAGUUAUAUAUUGAUGAUAGGUGGUAUGAGUGUUAUUUCGGUGGUAUGCCAAUAACAGUAGAUCUUGGUGGUAAAAAGGUUAACGUGAAAUUGGAAGGACCUCCACCCCUUGUUAAGAUUGGUUCUGUAAAGAGAACGGACUUAGUAGUUGCCAAAAUUAAUCUUAUUAUCAAUGCCCGAAAUAUGGUUCCUGUAUUUUUAGAUGCAAAACCUCAAAUAUUUGAAAUUGAAGGGAAACCUCAUACGCUUGAAUUUAUAGACUCUUUACAAACAGUUCUUUUAAAUGGACGGCCAUUUAAAGUGGAAUUCGGUGGACUACCUAAACCAAUUAUUGUUAGGGAUAAAAAGCAUUUUAUAAGAUUUUCGGUACUGCCUAGAGGUGUCCGACCAGGAUAUGUUAAGAUAGCAGGUAUGAAAGGUGAAGAACCUAUCGAAGCACCACCUACCCCGCCUCUGUUGACACAAAAGCCGAAAGUGGAUGCAGCUUCUACACCAACGCAGUUCUCUGCUGUUGAACAUGAAUCAACGUCACAAGAUGGUUCGGAUCUUAGAUCUACUCCUAAACCGGAUUUGCAAUUAGAUGUGUUAUCUUCAGCUUUACCAUCUGCAAUGGCACCAUCGUCUGGAUUAUCUUAUCAAGCUGAACCAGCUGAAAAUCCACCUACAACUGCUCCACCAUUAUCAUUACCACUGAAUAUGAAUGAACUGUUUCAGAGAUUAGUAGAGACUGGUAUUGUAUCAAAUCUUUCUGAACAAAAGAAACAAGAAGAGGAAGAAAAGAAGGAACCAGAAAUUAUUCCUGUUUCAUUUGAUAAACCAGAAACACUUAAAGUUAAGCAACCGGCUAUUGCAGCAGCAUUGUACAGUGGCAUGCAGUGUAGUUCUUGUGGUGCCAGAUUUGCACCAGAAUUAGCAACUCGGUAUAGUCAUCAUUUAGAUUGGCACUUUAGGCAAAACAGACGAGAAAGAGAUUCUGCAAGGAAGGCUCAUUCACGACCUUGGUAUUAUGAUGUUAGUGAUUGGAUACAGUUUGAAGAAAUUGAAGAUUUAGAAGAUAGAGUACAAAGUUGGUUUGAAACGGAAAAACAGACGGCUGAUACGGAAGGUAUCACGGCCGAGGAUUCUCCUCAAGAAGCCUCACAGCCUAGUGUUCCCACUGGAACUGACGAGGAUUCUAGAUGUCAAGUAUGUCAUGAUGCAUUUGAACAAUUUUAUAAUGAAGAAAAGGAGGAGUGGCAUCUAAGACCUGCAAUUAACUUUGAAGGAAAGAAUUAUCAUCCAUUGUGUCUUGAUGAUUACAAGGAAAAGAGUCUCGUGAGAGCUUUGGAAAAAUCUGCGCUUGAAGAAACAAUAGAGGAAAUGGAGGAUGAAAAAAAGGAGAGCUCAGAUGAAACGUUCGCAGAAGAAAAUAAGACUGAUGAAUUAAGUAUGGAAGCAUUAAAUACUGAAUUCGAAACAGUAGAACCGUCGGAUGAAAUAAUAGAAGAUAAGGUACCGGAAGAAUCUACUGAAAUGGAAGUUAAAGAGGAUGAAACUAUAAUUGAAGAUAAUGCAGAUAUUGAACAAAAUGUAAAAAUGGAAGAACAAGAAUUAGAAUAUAGUAAUAAGGAGGAUGUUGAUGUGGAAAGUAUAGAAAAAGAAGAUACAGUCGAAACAGAAAUACCAGAAACAGAAAAUGUGGAUAAAUCUUUUGAAAAUAUUAAAAUUAAAGAAGAACCAAUUGACGAACCUGAAGAACAAUUAGAAGAACAUUUUGAUUUUACUAGUGUAGAAAUUAAAGAAGAACCUAUUGAGCAGGAACCAGAUCCUGAAGAAAGUAUAAUAACUGAACCUGCUACGGUUGAUACAACAUACGCAGCUGUGAAGAGUUCUAUUGACGGGAAUGUAGAAUUGGAUUCUACGCCUGCGGCGAUGCCAGCGGCUCCAUCUCGGAUUAAGAUCAAUAUUACGAAACCAUUGUGUAUCAGUAAAGAGCCAGAGGAUUCAAAGGAAAAAGAAAAACCUAUAGUUGAAACACCUAUUGAAGAAAUAAUAGAACCUUUGGUGCCUGCUUCUAUCAAACCUGCUUUGCAAGGUAGAAAACUUUCAAAUUUACCUCCUGUGGAAAGAGGGCAAGAGUUAUCGGGACUCUGCUCAAUUAUGUAAAUAGCACAUGUAAUGUAUUUGAAAUAUGUAUGUGUGGGAGUGUGAGAAUGAAUUCAUGUUUAGCACUACUUAAAAUUAAGUAUUGUUGCAUUGUAUAUCAUAUUUGUGCAGCUUGUACGACGUGAUGUAAUGCGAUUACAGAAUUUUUUGCUUUUUUUUUUAUUGUAUUAUUCAUUUUUCUGUAUUUUACUUUCCUAUUUUUUGCAUUUCACAUGCACAAUUUUUAUCUGAAUAUUUCUUUGAACUGCUAAUGUAGUAAAAGGAAUUAAUCACAUCUAUUUUCAAAUAUCACGUCGUAUAAGCUAAAAGUACGUGUUAUAAUGUGUGAUUGUAUGCGUAAGUGUAUGCGUGUAUUUAGUUUUUAAAUUUUAAUUAAGGCGAAAAGAGAACAAAAACUGUACAUAUUUAAUGUAAUCGAAACAGUCUAACUAGAAGCGAGAUAUGAUAUAGUAGCAUUCCCAAUAAUAUCGAGUGCAAUCGUGUUUCGUGACAGAGAAGUGUCAGGAAUGUAAUACUGAUAUGCACAAGACUAACUGAGAAUUUCAUACCGUUUGUACUUUGUAAAAACAUUUGAAUGGUAUUCGAUACAUUGCUUUCUAGAAGCAUCAUCCGCAAUUUGAUUUUACAAAGCACGAAAAUGAGGUCCCGUAGAAAUGAUGGAAGAUUACCCAAUUUAGUUAGGUGUACAAAUUGUGUGAUAUAAAAUUGUUGAUUAUAAUGUACAUAAUACCAACAUAAAAUUAAUCCCGACGAUAUUGGGUAAAGAAGAACAGUUACUACUAGAGAAAAAUUAUUUUGUUGUAUAAAAAAAAAAUCUUGUUAAUCAUUCGGGGUCU